CCACAUACAGGAAGUAGAGCCUGCGCUCUUGUAAACGAACGGAGGCAGGAGAGCCGAGGGAGCAGGCAAAAUGUCACCGCGGCGACAGCCAUCGUCGAACCAAUAACUGAAGAUAUAACAUCUACCAGUCUUUCCAGUUCAACAUCCUCCAUGCCUGCUUCCCCAGGCUACACCGGACUGGAACAGAAUGACCCAUUGAACACGCUGCGUAUUUCAGUCGGAGGUCUCCCGAUGUUGGCUUCCAUGGCCAACACUACUGACCCUCGUUUCCGUCUCAAGUGGAGGCCCAUUGUAGCCAUGGCAGUCGCAUUGGCCUUGGUGCUGCUGCUCUUCAUGCACUUGAACCCAGGGCUGCACUCCCAUAAAUACAACUCACGCAGCUGGAGAGCUAGCCGCACCAGCCCCAUGCAGUCCGAUUCCCAUUACAACGACACUUACCCACUUAGUCCCCCAGAGCGCACACCGCAGGGGAUCCGCUAUCGCAUCGGAGUCAUUGCAGACCUGGACACUAACUCCCGUAGUGAAAAGAAGCUGACGUGGUUCAGCUACAUGCGGAAGGGCUACCUGUUGGUGUCCGAGAGCGGUGACAAGGUGGCAGUAGAAUGGGACCCGGACAGGAUGGUGCUGGAGAGUCACCUGGCAGAGAAAGAUAGAGGCAUGGAGCUCUCUGAGUUGGUAGUGUUCAACGGGAAGCUCUACAGCGUUGAUGACAGAACAGGCGUAGUCUACCACAUCGAUGGCGAUAAGGCUGUGCCCUGGGUUAUCCUGGCUGAUGGCGAUGGCAGUGUUGCCAAAGGUUUCAAAGCGGAGUGGCUGGCAGUGAGGGAUGAGCACCUCUACGUUGGAGGUCUGGGAAAAGAGUGGACAACAACCUCUGGGGAGUUUGUCAACAACAAUCCAGAGUGGGUGAAGAUAGUUGGCUACAGAGGGGAUGUUCAGCAUGAAAAUUGGGUUCCCAAGUAUACAUUCCUGAAGGCCGCUGCAGGGAUUGAACCCCCAGGUUAUCUUAUUCACGAGUCAGCAGCCUGGAGCGACACACUACAGCGCUGGUUUUUCCUUCCGCGCCGUGCUAGCAUGGAGCGCUACGAGGAGACGGCAGAUGAGCGUCGCGCUACAAACCUGGUCCUCAGCUGCUCACCAGACUUUGAAGACAUUACUGUCAGCCAUGUCGGUCCGCAUAACCCGACCCAUGGAUUCUCCUCCUUCAAGUUUGUCCCCAAUACAGAUGACCAAAUCAUCCUAGCGCUCAAGUCAGAGGAAGACGCCGGCAAGAUUGCCACGUACAUGAUGGCCUUCACGCUAGACGGACGAAUCCUUUUACCUGAAACUAAGAUUGGGGAUGUUAAAUAUGAGGGCGUGGAAUUCAUUUAGAAGGGCAAGAGACAUAUACCUUAUUGUGGCCACCUCACUGUGGUUUGUAGCUGUUUACAAUUCAAUGACUGUUAAAGUGACUCUAUGCUUGUUCGCAAGUUUUUGGAAGACACACUUCUUCCUAAAGAAUCUCCAGUCACUUGCUUCAGUGCAAUUAGGGGAACAAAGAUCUGAGACUGCUGACUAAGGUCUGUUACUGGAGUUAAGACUGUGCUUGCCAGCCAGAACAAAAGCCAGCAUGUCUUGUCAUUGGUCAUCCCCUUCCAAGGCCAAAUGCAUUCCUCAGAAGUACUGUAGCUUUUCUUAUAAUGAAUGUACAAAAGUUGAAAUUAAUCAGACUGUGAUUUUUUGUUGUUGAUUUGAAGUAUACAUUUUCUUUUAAAAUGCACAUAUUUUACAGUCAUAAAAUGAUGACUACAGAUGGGGGCCGGGAAAUGCUUUACUUGUUCUCCCUUGUGUCAUGUGUUGUAUUUUAGACGCUAAACAUGUUCACUGAUAUCGCUAAAGGACUUGGGGGUGGGGGGGGUAUUGUUCAUGAACCUCCACGUUAUUUGAAGGAAUGUUUGGUGAAAGAUAUAUGUAACCUCAUGGCGAUUUCUUGUUGGAUAUUU